AUGUCCGACGCGGGUUCGGACAAGAGCCACGCCCAAUUAGAGCCGGAGCUGCGCGACAUGAAGCUGGAAGCCGCCGCCUCGGAAGGAGCAGCCGACGGCGCCGCCGACAGCCAGGUAAAGGUCGACGACGUAGACUCUGCCGAGCGCGCGCCCACGCCUCUCGCCAUUCCCCCCAGGCUCAAGUCGCGCUCCAAGUCGCAGUCGCCUAUGGCCAGGCACGACGCCGACGCCCCGUCGCCCGCCAGCGCCCACGAAGAAACCCUGGGUGGAGACAUCACGCUCAAGAUGGAGCCCGGCAAAGCCCCCAAGCUGUCGCGCACGGCGGCGCAAAAAGUCGUCACACGCCCGCCGCCCCUGUACCUCGACCUGCCAGACUCGACCGAAGCCGCCAAGGAGACGUUUGUCGUCCUCCCGGAAUGCACCUACGCGAACAAGACCAUCGGCACCACCGACCCGGCCCUCGAAUGCGACUGCCAGGAGGAAUACGACUCGGCCACGACGAAGAACCAUGCCUGCGGCGAGGACUCCGACUGCAUCAACCGCGCCACAAAGAUGGAGUGUGUGGGCGACUGUGGCUGCGGGAGGCGCUGCCAGAACCAACGCUUCCAGCGCAAACAAUACGCCGACGUCACCGUCAUCAAGACGGAAAAGAAGGGCUUCGGACUGCGCGCCAACAAGGACAUGGCCCCCGGCGAGUUUGUCUUCGAGUACAUUGGCGAGGUCAUUGAUGAGCGCACCUUUCGCCGCCGCAUGGGCCAGUACGACGAGGAGGGCAUCAAGCAUUUCUACUUCAUGUCUCUGACAAAGGGCGAGUUUGUCGAUGCGACCAAAAAGGGCAACCUGGGCCGCUUCUGCAACCACUCGUGCAACCCCAACUGCUUCGUCGACAAAUGGGUCGUGGGGGACAAGCUGCGCAUGGGCAUCUUCGUCGAGCGUCACGUCAAGGCCGGCGAGGAGCUCGUCUUCAACUACAAUGUCGACCGCUACGGCGCAGACCCACAGCCUUGCUACUGCGGCGAGCCCAACUGCAGUGGCUUCAUUGGCGGCAAGACACAGUCUGACAAUGCGACCAAACUAUCUACCGACAUGAUCCAGGCGCUGGGUAUUGAUGAUGGUGCUGGCUGGGACACGGCCAUCACCAAGAAACCGCGCAGGAAGAAGGCCAGCGAGGACGACGAGGAAUAUGUCAACGACCUGCAGCCAAGAGAGCUCGAGGAGGACGGCGUCAAGAAGAUUGUGCCCGCCCUGCGCCAGUGCACCGAGAAAUGGAUUGCCGUCAAGCUACUCAGUCGUAUGCAGACCAGCAAUGAGAGGGUUGGCCAUCGCAUUGUUCAGUUUCAUGGCUACCAGACAUUGAAGAAGACGCUGAAAAUAUGGCAGCAAGAUGCUAAUGUGAUUCUGCAAGUGCUCGACAUCCUCAAGAGACUGCCGCGAAUUACCCGAAACAAGAUUCAAGAGUCUGGCAUUGAAGAGGCUGUGAGCGAACUCAACGACUACGGGGAUGAGCGAGUUGAGGCUCUCGCUGAAGAACUUCUAAGUGCUUGGAGCAAGUUGGAGGUUGCGUACAGGAUACCUCGUAUCAAGCGAGACCCGAAUGCCGGCACGCCCCUUCGUACGGAGAAUCAUUUUGAGCGGCGCGAACGAGGCCGAGAGCGGUCGCGGUCUCGAUCCAAGUCUCCGUCUGCGAUUGCACCAAAAGGCCCAUCUGCGGCAAACAUACCCUCAGGUCCUCGUGCAUUGAAUGCACCCCGUGGCCCAGCGAGCUUCUUCGGCCCUGCUCGGCCAGCGAACCGGCCUCGACAAGCCAACAGUCUGCCUCCGGGCUGGUUCCAGGCUACUGCUGAGAACGGCUCAACCUACUUUUACAAUUCAUCUGGUGUCACUCAAUGGCAGCGUCCCACACAGGCUGUCAAUGCUCCCGCCCAACAGAACAAGGCCAAGAGCGAUACGCAAAUGCUACAAGACAUCAUUUCGCGCAUUACCUCAACAGACACGCCUACCAGACAUUCUGCGUCUACAACGCCACAGCCGAUGCCAGAGGAGCAAAAAGAAACAGUGUUGCGCGAUGAAAAGUGGCGCAGUCUACCGGUGGAGAAGCAAGAAAAGAUCUACGAGGCGACCCUCUCAACGCAUGUCAUGGCUGUAACGUCAACGUACCGGAAGAAGCUUGAGAAGGAAGAAGUGAAGCGGCUUAGUAAAGAGGUAGCAAAGAAGCUUGUGCGCGGCGACUACAAGUCUGGGCGCGUCAAGGAUCCCACAGCUAAGAUUAGCUCGAGUCACGAGAAAACAGUGCGGAAGUACGUGAAAGAGUUCAUGGACAAGGCCGUCCGGAAAAAGGAAGAGCGACAAAGGAUGAAGCCGUCACAAAGUGGCACGAAUUCAGACACGAAGAACGAUACACCAAGCACUCCACAAGACGCAGCCAAAGAAGGAGAGAGUGCUGCAGUCAUGGCCGAUGAUGCCUCUCUUUCCGACUCGGCCUCUGAAUUGAAGCGCAAGAGAGAAGGAGAAGGUCGGUUCGGCUCUCCGAAGAGAACGCGGACAAGCUCCGAGGUUCUGCAACCUGCGCCCCCGCCACCACCGCCACCGCCUGCAUCGAUGGAGAACGGAGAGUCUAGCCUUACGCCCAUGGAUGAGGCUUGUACAGCGUCUUUUCCAGAGGUCGCUGAUCGAGGGCCUGCAAGUGGCAAGCCGACCAUGCAGCUUGAUGGCUAUGGCAGUCCAAUGCAGCUUGCAACGCCCCCAACAAACGGCUCCAGCGACCAAAAACAGCCUCUUGUAAAUGGCAGCAACGGCCCCCACCCAUAG